ACUGACUGAUUGAUGUGUAGCCACCAGACUCUGUGGUGUUUUUGCACAGAAACGAAAGUCAAAAAAUUAAUUAUUUGAGCUCAUACGCCGGUUUCGUCUCUGUCAGGUUAUUUUAUAUUUGAAUUAUCAUUUGAAAUGCCACCACUAAAGGAUAUAAAAGCCAUGUUUAUCGUGUUUUGAGCAGAGAUUAUGUUCAGGUUGCCGAGGUUUUUUAAUGUAUUACGCAGGACACUUUGUACAGAAGACAUGGGCAAGAAGGGGAAUUUCUUCUAUGCAGUAAGGAAAGGAUUCAGACCAGGAGUAUACAAAACAUGGGAUGAAUGUAAAAAUCAGGUGGAUAAGUUCCCCGCUGCCAUUUUUAAGAAGUUUGCCUCUGAAGAGGAUGCAUUGGCCUUUGUGAGGAAUCAAUCAAAAGCACCAUCAUAUGGGACGUCAGAGGGGGUUGACCAUGAGGUCCUGCCUCCUAGAAAUAUACCUAGCUCCUCAAGCGUUGUUCCCAUUGGAGGUAAAAGGACCCACGAGGAGUCUGAGGAUGAAGGAAGAUCCAGUGUUAAACGUGCGAAGCUUAUUGAGCCCCCACAGCCAAAGACAUCUGCAGUCAGUAGUGAUGGAUUUACAUAUAUGGGUGACGCGGUUGUGGUGUAUACUGAUGGCUGUUGUUCAGCCAAUGGGAAACAAGGAGCGCGUGCAGGAAUUGGUGUUUAUUGGGGUCCUGGUCAUCCUCUAAAUGUGGCUGAAAGGCUUCCAGGGAGACAGACCAACCAAAGAGCAGAAUUACAGGCGGCUUGCAAAGCACUUGAGCAAGCCAGAGAACUGAAUUUUAAAAAGCUUGUGCUGUACACGGACAGCAAGUUCACCAUUAACGGUAUCACUUGUUGGGUCAAGAACUGGAAGACUAACGGCUGGAGACUUAAAUCAGGUGGGAAUGUAAUCAAUAAAGAAGACUUCCAAAAGCUGGACAAACUAAAUGCAGAACUUGAGGUUGUAUGGAUGCACAUACCCGGUCAUGCUGGAUUUUUAGGUAAUGAAGAGGCAGACAGAUUGUCCAGAGAAGGAGCAGCAAAGCCCCCAUGUUAGCACUGUUGCCACAUUCAUGUUAUAAUGCAUAAUGUUUUUGUCCAGGGCUUGGCUGUUGUUUGCCUAUGAUAGCUACAGUAAUGCACUUUUUUUUAAAUGAUAGUUUUGUGUUGUUGAAAACAGCACUACAAACACAUUUUCUUCCUUUCUAAAGAACGAUGCUUGUUCAAAUAUGUCUAUUUUAAUGUGUUUAUUUUUGAUUGUUAUAUCAAUGCAACUGUCAUUUGAAUUGAUCCCGAGAUUGAUUCCUGGUAAUUAUUUUUCAUCUCCCAGAAACUCACAGUUUUUGGAUGUGUUGCAUGCGACACAAAUAAUUGUAGUCAUUCUUCAACAGGACUAUUAUUCUACCACUGUCAUUUAUUAUCGAUUCAUUUCUUUAUUUUUCUCAGUGCUGAAAAUCAAGGGUAAUUUUGCUCUUAUUUUCAGAGUUUCAGUUGUUACAACUUCUUUUAAAUUAAAUGUACCAAUGAAAUGCCUUAACAUGAACAGCAGAUGUCACUGCAGUUCAUGCUCAGUUCUCAUUGAAUAAAGACUAGUUAUCUCAACAA